AUGUCAGACCUCAAUCAGAUUCUCUCAUUACUCAAGGGUCAAAAUGUAAAGACGCCUACUACAGCAACUGAUGGCAAUGGGCCACAACCAUCACAACUACCCUCCACAUCAACGCACGAUCAUUUAGCUGGACUAAAUCUAUCCAGCAUCAAUCCUGCUCUCAUCCAGCAAGUGAGGCAAGAGUAUUUAACAAAGAAAUCAGCAGAAGACAGCUUGAGAAAUGCCACUUCUCUGACGCCCGAAGUAUUGAUUGCUAUUGCCAAUAUGGCCAAGGAAACAGAGCUCAAGUCAGUCCUGAAGAAAUGUAAGCAGAGGCAGGACGCAAAGGAGAAAGAAUUGUACGCGCACAGAGAAUACAUCAAGAGUCGCUAUAAAAAGCAAAAGGAGAAUGUGAUGGCAAAGGAACUGAUUGGCGUGAAGGUGGAUGCCAGCGAGAUUAGAUCGAUUGACCGAGAGCUUGAUCGAGAAUUGCGUUCGAUGGAUUUGCAGAUACUGAAAGAGAUGGACAAAGAAGCGAGAUAUUUACAGCAGGAAUUUGUGCGAUUAAAAGUGCCUCUAUUCAAAGUGUCGAAUGAUCCAAAUGACCUGAAAUUGCAGCAGAAGGUUCUCUUUAUCCUUCAAGACAUUUGA